UCCUGUAUUAUUUUGCCACGGUAACCAACGAGACACACCCAGGUCUGGCCAGAGUGGAGGGUAGUCCAGUAGCAGGUUAGAGAUUGUGAUUUUUCUCUAGUAUAAUUAGUGAUGUAUCAGUGACAGUAAGUCUCACAGACAGGAGUGUGCCUACCAUUUAGCUGCCUUGUUCCUUAUUUGGUUUCCUAGGUGUUCCUGCCUAUCUGGUGCUGGCUGUGACGGGCCUGGCUCCAAAUGAGGAGGCGUCUUUCAGUCAUGUAACGCUGCUCGGAGCCGACUAGGAGAGCCUCCAGCAGGUGAAGCUGAACUCCUCCUCCUCUUCAUCAUCAUCAUCCUACUCUGUGGAGGAGCUGGUGGGGCGGUUGGACUCUGUUCCCAGAGUCCCCUUCUGUGUUCGACUAACAGGCCGAGACAGCAGAGGAAACAAGCUGGAGAGGGUUUCCGCAGAGAUGGUUCAGCCAGCUCACGUUCAGAUACAGACAUGUCCAACAAAACACAAGCCAGCGGAGGUGGAGGAGAGAGGACACUGGGGCAGUAAGGUGGAGUUUCUCCUGGCUGUGGCGGGAAAUAUUGUCGGCCUGGGCAACGUGUGGAGGUUUCCUUACCUCUGCUACAAAAAUGGAGGGGGUGCAUUCCUGGUGCCAUAUCUGGUAUUUGUGGUGACCUGUGGCGUACCCCUGUUCCUGCUGGAGACGACUGUAGGCCAGUACACCCAGGAGGGCGGCAUCACCUGCUGGAGGAAGCUAUGCCCACUGGCCGAAGAAAGUACCAAAUGUGGCCCUGCAGGUAUUGGCUAUGGUGGGCAGCUGAUCGUCUUCUACUUCUGUAUGACCUACAUCAUUAUUCUGUCCUGGGCUCUGUUCUACCUGGUGUUCUCCUUCAGCUCACAGCUCCCCUGGGCCAGCUGCAACAACUACUGGAACACAGAUGACUGCGUGGACUUUUCAACGCGAAAUAAAACCUCUGAAUGGACCAACCAGACGAACACAACCUCUGCUGCCACAGAGUUCUGGGAACGACGAGUGCUGGCUAUUUCAGGGGGGAUUGAGGAGAUAGGCAGCAUCAGGUGGGAGUUGCUGUUGUGCCUAAUUACAAUGUGGAUCAUCUGCUACUUUUGCAUCUGGAAAGGGGUCAGGUCUACAGGAAAGGUGGUGUAUUUUACUGCUACCUUUCCAUAUGCAAUGUUGGUAAUUCUUUUGAUCCGUGGACUCUCACUUCCUGGUGCUCUACAAGGAGUACAGUUUUAUCUUCUGCCUGAACCCUCACGACUCAAAGACCCCCAGGUUUGGUUGGAGGCUGGGACUCAGAUCUUCUUCUCAUACAGUUUGGGUGCGGGCGAAUUAACUGUGCUCGGCAGCUACAACACCUACAACAACAACUGCUAUAAGGAUUGUCUGUGGCUGUGUUUGCUAAACAGUGGUACCAGUGUGGUAGCUGGCUUUGCAGUCUUCUCUGUGCUGGGAUUCAUGGCUCAUGAGCAGGGCGUUCCUAUUGCAGAAGUGGCCGAGUCAGGUCCAGGUUUGGCGUUCAUUGCGUACCCUCAGGCUGUAGCCAUGAUGCCUCUUCCCCAACUGUGGUCCAUCUGUUUCUUUGUCAUGCUCAUUCUCUUGGGUCUGGACACACAAUUUGUUGCCAUGGAGGUGAUGAUGACAUCCAUCACAGAUAUGUUUCCCAAAGUAAUGCGCAGGGCAGGCCGGCGGGAACGUUUCCUCCUCCUCUUCUGCCUCAUAUGCUUCUUCGCUCAGCUCGUCAUGAUCACUGAGGGAGGAAUGUAUGUGUUCCAGAUGUUUGACUACUACGCUUGUAACGGAGGCUGCAUCCUCUUCCUCUGUGUGUUUGAAACUCUGGCACUGGGAUGGAUAUUUGGGGCAGAUCGGUUGUAUGGCAUCAUUAAGGACAUGACAGGUGUGCACGCCAACCCGUUCUUUAAAAUCUGCUGGCUUUACCUCACACCGGCGAUCUCACUGGGCACUUUUAUAUGUUCUUUAGUUAAGUACCAACCUUUGACCUUUAAUCGCUGGUAUGUAUACCCAGCCUGGGCGUACGUGUUGGGCUGGGUACUGGCCCUUUCCUCCAUCCUACUUGUACCGGGAUGGGCGCUGUAUAAACUGGGAACUGGGACUGGGAACCUCAGUCAGCGUUUUCAUCAUCUGUGCCGACCCGACCCUGACUGCUCACUGACCCAAAAGAGAGAAACUGAGCUGCAGCACAUCGGAGGGGAAGAUCUGCAACAGCUCACCACCAGCUGAUAUGAAAUGUCAAAUGAUCCUGAACUCUUUGUCAACUGCAAUAUGUGUAUAACAACUAAGAUUGGGUACUAAGCGGGCGGGUUACUGAUUGUGAUAUUACUUUCUCUGCUUCUCUUAAGUCUACCAUCCAAAGGUCAAAGACAAGCAAGACAUGUCUUAUUUAUUUUAGCUUUAUCAUGCUGGUUUAUCAGAUUCCUAUUUGAAUCCAAAUGUAAACUUAAAACAUGUAUAAUUUAGGGCUGCACGAUUAUGGCCAAAAUGAUAAUCACCAUUAUUUUUUAUCAAUAUUGAGAUCAC